AUGGAUGCAAUUGAUCAGCAUCAGCUUAAGCAGAGUGGCGGAAUCCACAAUACGUCUUUGCGAUCCAAUCCGCCGAGAAAAAAUGCACCACCAGUUCCUGUCAGACGCUACGCGACGCUUACAGGAGGCGAGUCACAGUUUAACCACGAUCAAAAUGAUGCCUCGGUAGCUUUGCUAAAACCUACUUACAAUACCAGUCAGCAUAAUCAUCAACAGUUUCUCAGUAAUUCGAUCAACAGUUUCAGCAGUAGCAAUUCUCAGAGCUUUAGCAAACAGAGGGGAAAACUGAGUAGAACAGGAUCUAUCGUAUCUCAAGCGACCCAUUUGCAAGAUGAUGCAAUUUCACGGACAUCAGAACAGUCUUUUGGAAUGGGUAGUCUAGCAGGUACAGAAGGUGUUAUGUUCGAUGACCUCUAUGAGCUCUCAAAUAGGGCAAAGUUACCCAGGGGAGUUGAGAAUAUCAGGCCUCACCUGGAACACGUGGACAAUGUACCCAUGUUAGUUCCGCUCUUCACUGAUUGUACGCCAGAAGCUACGAAAGAGAUGGUGAACAUCAUGCAGGAGAACAGCGAGAUAGACUGUGUGUAUGGCAGCUCCCUCAACGUCACCAACAUCGACAUAUUCCUACAAUCAGACGUCAGUAUUGGAGUGAUGCCAUACGUGCCUCAGCCGUGUGUGCGCCAGCCAGUGUGUUUCGAGCUCUUUUUACCAGACGGACGCCACCUCUCCCCUCUUGGUCUCGCAUCAGCACUGGGAGCACUACUCUGUUCUCUUCAGAUACUCAGAAACGUUUCACUCACAAACAUAUUAGACUCGGCGAGCAGAUUGAGUGAUAAUCUAAAGACGGCGCUCCUCUUUCUGCUGUCGUGUCACUUGGCCCUAAUCAUUACCCAGGUGUUGUCGGCAGUCUGCUUCCAGCCCCCUCCAUUCUCCGGCUCCCUCAUCCUCUGGCUGGUCGGGUUCAUCCUGCCCCUCCUAUCCACUGCCCUCCUUGCCAACCCCACAUGUCCAAACUCAUUACAGUGGACCACUGCGCGCAAAAACUACAGCAAAAUACUCAAAACGGACGUGCGUGAAUUUACAGUUGUGUUUGCGAUGCGGUUCCUGCCGACGUGUCUGCUGCUGCCACUCAUGGAGAUGCUCAUUCUCUACACCAUGUGUCUCUACGUCACAGAAGAGGACAACUGUCUCCUCACUCACGGCAACACAAACUCCACUGAGUUGUGGAAUGGAUACAGGGGCAGCUACAGAGGCGCCCUAGUAGUCGCGCAGAACCUCACCACGUGGUUCCUGGUCGUUCACCUUUGCUUCAUAUCAGCCAGUUUUGUCUUCCCCAAAACCUACGUCUGGCGUCGGGCUCCCUUCCGCAACCUAGUUUGGACAAUAAUGUGUCCUCUCAUUAUUAUCCUGCAGCUCUUCUAUUUCUAUUCAGACGUACAGACGUACAAAAAUACCCCUUUUUCGAUUCCAAAUACACCUGGACAAGUAUGGAUAGCGGGGGUUGUGUGGUGUUUGCUGGCUCUUUUUCUGACAAAAUAAUUUGACAAAAUUUUCGGAAGUAAGGAAAGCGUUAAAACAGCACCGCAGAAGCAAAUUACAAUUUGGAACUAAGCUUGGAAUGAAUUCUCCAUUUUGAUUAGUAGAUUCAACUGAC